UGAAAACGUCAAUCGGCCAUCUUGGACAUGUAGACAGAAUCGAGCGUGGUUACAACUGAGGGGAAAAAAGUUCCUUGCCGUACAUUAUCUGUCGACUGAAAGAAAAUGUCAGGAGACGACGACCAGCAAGAGCAGACCAUCGCCGACGACCUGGUCGUCACCAAAUACAAAAUGGGCGCUGACAUAGCGAACAUGGCUAUGCGAGCUCUCAUAGAGGCGGCCAAACCCGGCAUUUCUGUGCUCAGCUUGUGUGAGAAAGGAGACGCUUUCAUCACUGCUGAAACAAGCAAGGUGUUUAAAAAGGAGAAAGAGAUCAAGAAAGGUAUCGCCUUCCCCACCUGUGUGUCCGUCAACAACUGCGUGUGCCACUUCUCUCCCCUGAAGAGUGACCCUGACUACACACUGCAGGAUGGUGACCUGGUUAAAAUUGAUCUCGGAGUUCAUGUGGACGGCUUCAUCUCCAACAUAGCUCACAGCCUUGUGGUUGGAGCGUCCAAGGAAGCGACAGUGACGGGUAGGAAGGCAGAUGUGAUCAAAGCCGCCUACCUUUGUGCUGAAGCAGCUCUGCGGCUUGUUAAGCCUGGAAACCAGAACACUCAGGUCACUGAAGCCUGGAAUAAGAUUGCGGAGUCCUUCAAAUGCACAGCCAUAGAGGGAAUGCUGUCCCAUCAGCUGAAGCAGCACAUCAUUGAUGGAGAGAAGACCAUCAUUCAGAACCCUUCAGACCAACAGAGGAAGGAUCAUGAGAAAGCUGAAUUUGAGGUUCAUGAAGUGUAUGCUGUGGAUGUGCUAAUCAGCACAGGAGAGGGCAAGGCUAAAGACUCGGGACAGAGGACCACCGUUUACAAGCGAGACCCAAGCAAGCAGUACGGGUUGAAGAUGAAGACCUCGAGGGCUUUUUUUAGUGAGGUGGAGAAGCGCUACGACACCAUGCCUUUCACUCUCAGGGCGUUCGAGGAUGAGAGCAAGGCUCGGCUGGGUGUUGUGGAGUGUGCCAAACACGAGCUGCUGCAGCCUUUCACCGUCCUGCAUGAGAAGGAAGGUGAGUAUGUGGCGCAGUUUAAAUUCACAGUGAUGCUGAUGGCAAACGGACCCCUGAGAAUCACCAGCAGUCCCUUCGAGCCGGAGCUCUACAAGUCCGAGCAUGAAGUGCAGGAUCCUGAGCUCAAGGCUUUGUUGCAAAGCUCAGUCAGCCGGAAGGCACAAAAGAAGAAGAAAAAGAAGGCCUCUAAGACAGCAGAGACCGCCACAGGACAACCCAUGGAGGUGGAGACUGAGAAUGCCAAGUAGAAAAACACCUCCUCUGCUUCCUACUGCCAAUAAUACUGACCAACGGAGAAUAGAAGAGCCCCAACAUCCCUACUGAGACGCCUCCUGCCUAGCCUUCUAUCAGCCUGUACCUCUGUAUGACAGCUAUGAAGUCCACACAUCGAUUUUGAGUUCCCACAGCUCGUGUAGUCUGGUGACUUUAACAACACUGGCUAGUCUACAGGAGGUUACAGAUGGGAAAGUGCUACAUACCAUCUGACUGCCUUUAUAUACAGGGGUGCAUGUUGAGUGGGGUUGCCCCUCUUAUGAUUAUAAUAAUAAUAAUAUUUUUAUUAUUAAACUGUCAUUGUAAAACCAAUCUCAGAAAAUAAAAGCAAAGUGGCGGCACCAGCGAA